GCAAAUGACAGGGAGCUGCUGCUGCUGCUGCUGAGCGAGUCGCCACUGGGCUCCCCGGGAAAUGGCACCGCCGCCCACCUCCUUCUCCUCCUCCCUGUGUCCGCUGCGUCGGAGACGCGUUUCCUUCAGGUGAGAAGCCCAGGACCGGCCUUCGCGGCGGAAAGGUUACGCUAUCCAAAAGUGUUUUAGAACUUGCAAAUUCCAAAGACCGUAUUCUCUCAUUCUUCUGAUGCUAUCAAUCAAAAACAUCGACCAAGAAGCUACUUAUUUAGAUCAUCUCCACAAAACAUCCCGUUUUGAAAUUUGAUGUUGUAAGGAGGCUCAAAACGCACAACAUUUGAGAUGAGUGAAGACAAUGCUUCUGGGAUUCUAGAAUGAUGAGUUUUUCAAGACCUCAGUGAGUGGUAAUGAACGUACCAAGCGAACACAGAGGCCCGCUGGGUCCUGAUUUUCAGGACCACCAGUUCGAGAUGAAGAACAAUAACAGGCAGGUCCUUUAUGUACCUAAAGGUGAUGCUAAUGCCAACCAGGUGCAGGAACCCAAUGCAACCACUGAAAGCAGGAGCGAUAGAGAUGAUACGGGGUCCCUCCCACCUCUGGUUUCUCAGCACGAUGAGCAGGAUAAGGUCAUCAUCUGGGGUACCGACUCUCAGUGCGAUGAUCCUGACCUGGAGGAGUUUGAGAUGCUGGAGUGCCAGGAAUUGGAGGCCUGUCUAGUGGAAGAGGAGCGUGAUUAUGAAAAAGCAGCAGGAGCCAGGUGUGGGUCCCUGUCAGAUACACAGUUAAGCUUGGUGCUGGCAGGUAAAGAGAUGAGUUGUGAUGGGGAAGAGGGGCGAGUAUCACGGUGGAACCUGCCAGAUCAGGAGUUCACCAACUCCCACUCUCCAGGAGCUAGAGCUAUGUGUGUUACAGCGGACUUCAGUUCCGAGAAUGACGUCUUUGUGUCCUGCGUUUCUACCAUGUCAGUUGUUGGUGGAAGUUUCUGCAGCGCCCUGGACAGCACUGCUGAGAUACAGGCUUUGGAGUCUCAGCACACCUCAGCUGAUCGUAACAGGACAAUCUCUGAAGACCUCACUUUGGUCUCUCAGUCCCCCCCUUCUGUCCCGGUGAAGAACAAGACACCCGGUCAAUCAGAGGGUUCUGCUCAAGGUAACAUGGCAUCUGUCUGUGUGGAUAUGAACCUGAACUCAACCAUCACCUCAUAUGAAAGUCAUCGAGAGUUAGAAAAAACAAGGAAAGAUCAGAGGAGCCCAUCAUUAGAUAGUGGACCUGAGGAAUGUACUCAUGACCUAAUGGACACCACGGACAUGGAUGUUGACCUUCACCAAGAACAUUUCCAGAGAACAGAGGGAUAUCACAACGGCUGGAAGUUGAAGACCAGUGAUGAAAACGGCUCUUCCCGACCUCUCCGCUCUGAUGGAGCCAGGCACAAAGUGGAUGUUCAGUCAGGAUGCCCAGCAUCUCCUUCACGCAGGAUGAGUCACAAAGUGAAUGGCCGGCUUCCCAGAGAUGACGAAGUGAGCAGCAGCCACCCAAAAGUACAGAUGGGCAAGAUGCCCGCCCAGCCACCAAGUGUUGACUCCAAAGCCCUGAGAAAGCAGGGUUCCUUUGAACGGAACCGUAGCGCAAGUCCAAGCCUUGAAAAGAAGGCACAGCUGGCCAGGAGACCCUGGGGAAGUCCUUCCCGGCCCGCCACGCCGCCAUCCCCCAAAACCACUGGCUCGCCUGUCAGGAGGCCCCCGAUGUCCCCUGCAAGGGCAACCAGCCACAAAGCACCACCCCAAGAGCGCCAUGAAACAUCUAAACUUCCUGGGAAGACUCCAUGCCCCAGCAGUGGGAUCCCCAAACCCAUCCUUCACCACCCUUCCCGGCCAGAGGAGAAGGCAGAGCCAGAGACCAGGAGCGGAAGGUCACCAACACCCUCAGCCGAGCUCCCAAAGCCCAAGAAUGUACGUCCUAAAAUCAUCACCUCUAUCCGCCGGAGCCCUCAAGGGAGGCCCCAUCCGUCAGCCCUCCCCUAUGAGGCCUCCACCCUCCCCUGUAGACUGACAUCACAGGGUCGCCCACUGCCCAGUAGGGAGUCCAAGGCUGUGAGCCACCCACACUCCCACACCAAGGCCCCGCCUAUUCUUAGCGACAAGUACCGACAUGAGGUGGAGAAAGCGUGCUGCUUGAACCAGGAUCUGGUGGUCUCUGGGAUCCGACCUUCUGGCCACACUGGACCCCAUAGGCUGAUGGGGAAAUCUGAGAGCUUCUGUGAGGGCUUGUAUGAGAGAGGCCGAGGGGCUGCUGUCCUCGAGGGACCCGGGUACGAGGACCCACCUGCCCCCUCGCUAGGCCAGCAUCGGGCUAUGAGUCUUUCCUGCUCUCCACGGAUCAUUAGACCCCAGCUGGGACUGGGCGCUGUUACCAGGCUGCCCUCGGCCAAGACCCGCAUGCUCUUUGCAGGGCAAAGGUCGGCCCUGCCCCCCGGUCACUCGGCCCGUGCGGCCAGUCCACCUGCUUUCUGUUGCCUGGAGAUUGUAGCAGACCAGAGGAAGCCCGGCACAGACCCCCCUGCAAAGUCCCUGAUCCCGCAGCCGGGAUACUCGGGACUGAGACCCCCUGGCUUCACCCGCCUACCCGCCGGCCGACUGGCCACCUUUGGUUUCAUCCGUAGUGCCAGUGUGUCAUCAGCGUCCAGCCACCAGUUAAGCGACAGACCGCAGGGUGAGCCCAGGCUGCCCAUCCACCGCCACAGUGGCACCGAGGAGGCGUCCGUACACAGGGCCGCGGGGCAUCUCGGCGAAACCCAGCCCCAGGCCCCCGGUCGCAGCAGCCCCCAUCCUCCUGUUACCUCCCUGCUGCCCUCGACCCGUGGUUCACCACUUGCCUCCAGGAAGGAGUUGCAGAAGGAGGCAGAUGCUGUGCGACCGGGGCCCUCGUCCCCGAAGCGCUUUGCGGCAGUGCUGCCAAAACCCCAGUCUCCAGUUCACGCGCGGCACCGGGCAGCGGCGGGAUCACGGCCCGGUGGUCCCGGAGGCUCCCCGUGGCGUGGCGGCUCUGAUGGAGAGCGCCAGCUGGUGCAGCACCUUAGAGGCCGCUGCGAGGAACAGGAGCGGCAGCUGCACGCCCUGCGAGCGGAGCUCAGUCGGGUCACCUUGGGCCUCGAGGUCUUUGCCGUGGCUACACAGCACUUCUGCCAGAAGAGCGAGAGCGCCGCCGAGAGGAAGAGAGAGCUGUCGCUGGAGCUCGCCAGAAUCAGGGAUGAAGUGGCCUCCAGCGUUGCACGCUGGGAGUGUCUGCAACGGGACAAAGACGACCUGGAGCGGAGCUUCCAGAAAGAGUUGCAGGGGCUGCGUGCGAAGCAGAGGGCAGAGCUGGGGGCCUUGGAGGAGGGGCUGAAGGCCCGGCACGCUGCAGAGAGUGAACGUCUGCGAGCAGAACAGAGGGCUGACCUGGAGGUGCUGCAUAUGCAGCAGCGGGAGAAGGUUGAGGAGAUGAGCAUAAACCACGAGGCAGCGCUGUUAGAGGUGGAAAACGCACAUAUGGUUGCCCUGGCAACACUCCAAGAAGAGCAUACCAGGACAGUGAAAGAUCUCAAGGAAGCCCAUGAAGAGCAAAGGAGGGUGCUGGAGCAGGACUUUGAGAAACUCCGCCUCUCGUUACAGGACCAGGUCGACACGCUCACCUUCCAAAACCACAGCCUACGGGACCGAGCCAAACGCUUUGAGGAGGCCUUGCGGAGGAGCACCGAUGAACAGAUUGUGGAUGCCCUAGCCCCAUACCAGCACAUCGAAGAAGACCUGAAGAGCCUGAAGGAAGUUCUGGAGAUGAAGAAUCAGCAGAUCCACAAGCAGGAACUGAAAAUCUCCGAGCUCGAGAAAAUGGCUCAGAAGAACGUGGUUCUAGAGGAACGGCUCCAGGUGCUGCAACAGCAGAACGAGGACUUGAAGGCCAGGAUAGACCGCAACCUUGCCAUGUCCAGGCAGCUCUCAGAGGAGAAUGCUAACCUGCAGGUGUAUGUGGAGAAGGAGACCAACGAGAAGAAACGGCUAAGCCGCACCAAUGAGGAGCUGCUGUGGCGCUUGCAGACGGGCGAGCUCAGCCCCCGCAUGCUCUCCCCAUCCUCCUCUCCCGUGCAUCGUGCAUCUCCAGGCCCUGGGUCCCCAGCCCGCUUUCAGCCCCUCCCCAGAUGAGUGGUUCCAUCCUCGUGCUCGUUGUCACACAAACUCAGCUCUGAAUUGCUGUAUUAAGUAUUGAAGUCAUUACUGAGAUGCUGUCUUGUUUUGGGUGGCAUUCAGGCAGAUGUUAAAAUGUAUUCUAAGGCCUGCAGGACUUUGAUGCUCAAGGACCAGAGGUUUUUAGCCCUGAAUUAAACCUCUUUUCCCCAACACCACACUACCCUGCUUUUGUUCACGUCUCUGUCCAUCGGUCCUGGAAGCACUAUGAUGCCAACGUUUCACCACGAUCUGAGGACACUUCCCCUCUCCCUCUCCCACUGGGGCUGCAUUCUUUCAAAUAUGUAUAAAAGGGCUGUACUGUGAUGUGAAGAGCUAAGAAAGGUGGACUUCUAAUCCCGUUACUUUCCAACUUGUCCUGUCUUCCGCGACGCCCCUCCUCAACCUCACACUCGGCAGUGAACACGUUGCUACGGUGCACAAAACGUUGAACUGCAGGCGUAUACGAAGCUGGAUCUGUUUUCCAUGCCCCCAUGAUCAAAACAAGCACACGGAGAAGGCGAGAAAGGGUUGAGGAACAUCUGCAGCUGUUCGAAGACCCGAUCUGGUGGAUGUACUCAAUAAGUCUGGUGGAGGCACACUCUCCCUAUGCCUCCAUGCCUGCUACCCUCUGUACUGUCAACUUCUCCCUUUUCCCAGGCCCACCAGUGUGUAUGGAUGACAAUAAUCAAACCAAAUAGAACAUCAGACUGUGGAAAGAGACCUCAGCUCCUUCUUUUGAUAGCCUUCAUAUUUUCACACCAGCAGUCUCUCCUAUAUCCACCAUAUGAAGACAGAGC